UAUGCAAAAUACUUUAUUAUUUUGCAUCAUUCAUCAACAGGGAUAGGAAGGUAGAUGAAAUAAUCGAAUACGUGCACCAAAAUCUCGAGGAGGCUGGCAAGGCUUUAGCAACUUUGGGCGAGAACUUCGAGCAUGAUUUAAAGUUGAUGUUCAUCGAUAUCCUGGGUCGAAUUAAACAGUGGACCGGUAUCGUGCAGAACAAACUCGACGCCUGUAAAAAUGAGAUUGGCAAUCUUCGCAAGGAAUUAUUAGCUCGUGCAUGCGAAAUGGAUGUUAAAACGCGCGAAAUGGAAGAUCUCAAAGUUCAAAUUACAGAUUAUCAGAACGCUUUACAAUUGAAUGGCGAAUCAUUGAAGAAGGAUAAUAUUAAAGUUAGAUCAGAACAAGAGGAAGAAAAGAUCCGUAAAAAGAUCCAUGCAGAAGAAUUCUUGGCAGAAGAUGCGAAGGAAAUCAAAAACCCUAAAAUUAAAGAUACAGUGCGAACUGUUGAUCAAAUAAAAGAAGAAGACGAAGAGAAUAAUGCAGAAAGUGCGGAAGCUAUCAAUCACCAAGAAACUGUAAGAGAUGCCAAGGAAAUUGACAGAACUAAGAAAAACGUAAUUAAAAAUCCAAUUAAAAAUCCAAUUAAAAAUACACUGCAAGCUGCUGAUCAAAUAGAUGAAGAAGUGAAGCGAGCUAUCGACAUGGCUGCUCCAACUACACUGCAAGAAAAGACGAAGCGAGAGUUCGAGCUCGAAUCUGAAAUCACACAGCUUCGAAAGGAAUACGAUAGAGUCAUCAAGGAGCGCGCCGAAUAUGAGAACGCGAUUCAGCGAGCAUUGUUGCGAGGGGUGUCAUCCUUGAACGUUGAGGCACUGAGAGUUCUACGAUGUCCACCGAUACCCUGCUGCGCUCCUUGUGCACCGUGCCCGGCAACUGCAGGAAUCAUACCAACUGAACCCGUCGUGCUGUGUCCUGCCAAGAACGCGAAAAGACGUUCAGGAUCAGCUGCUGCGACUGCGAGCAGUGCCAAGGUUCCGCGCGAUAGAAACGGCGAUCAAACUGAUUGCACAACGAAGUGGCCUUGCGCCAGUCCUUGCUGCCUCGCCGGCAGAAAUCGGAAGUCCGCAAACGGUAGUAUGAUUUUUCUCCUUCGUCAAGGUAACGGGGAAAAUCUAUAUGACGAGGACACAACUCCGGUAUGCGGAUCAACGGUCGUGAAGAAGAUCGAGUUACCACCAUUGCGCAAAUUCGAGACGUAAUAUUCGAUGGCGCUUGUCAUCGUGGCCGACUUACCUAUCGUUCACGUUAACGUGGACAUCAUCGAUGAAAAGUAUGAAAAAGAUAUAAAAUAAAGUAUCAGAGAGAGUAUACACUCAGGAUAUCAACUGAAAAUUUGUUAAUUUUAUGUGUAUGUGUUCAUCGUUUCUUUUUUUUA